UAUUAUUAACGCCGCGGUGUUUGUGUGGGGAAAGGAAACGCGACGGGCUCAGAACUCGACGUACGGGCACAUAAUUGAUCCGCAGUGUGUCGCGGCCGCGGCGGUGGGAGAAGACACGUACGAGGCCGCCUAUCGCGCUAAUAAAUUACGUCCGAGAUAUAUCGACUGGACACCGCGAUGGUUAACUCGGCGACGUACAACAACAACAACAACAUUAGGAGGAAAACAUAAUUUUGAGUCUUAAAAAGAGCCAGCGUUGUCGCCCCGGCACAGGAGGCGUGCAAUUAAAAGGGUAGAGUGGGGCGGAGGGAUGGGCGGCGGGACUCGUUGGAGAGCUAGUGGCCGUCGGACGGCGCGAUUGGUCGGCUGGGUCGCUACCGCCCCGGUGAACGCCCAUCGCCUCUCGGCCCGCGUCCAGAGGAAAGGGGAAGACGGCCACCCGACAGAUUCGGCACGUUAACGCACCGUCAGACGUCGUCACAUAUUAACACGUUGUGGUCCGUCCGCGUGUACGUCCGACCCGCGUUGCUCGUGUACCAUAUUUUCUGGACGUUUUUUGCUCAUCGCACACGAUUUUGCUGCCACAGUUUUGUAUCCGGUGGUGUGUUUUUUUUUAAUAUUUGCGAUUUUGUGUUUUCCGCGCAACUCAUUCCAUCGUAUAGUCGCGCACACGAGUUUGUUCGGAUUUUAAUAAUGCGCCAAUGACUUUCGUCGCGGCGAAUAGUAUGAAAUCCAUAGCGUUGCGGCCCAACAAGAGUGCAGUCGGCGGAUUUUACAGCAGUUGCGGUGGUUAUCCGACGGAUCUGAGCUACGCCGUCAGGUGCCGGUCCCGGAGUCCGGUCCAACCCGCCGACGAAAUGGACGACAUCAGCGUAGGACGGCCGUCACCGCCGGCGUCGCCUGAAUGCUACGCCAGGCUGCACGACAACCGCGGUGACGGUGUCGACUCGGAUUGCACCAACUCGUCCGGCGGUUCCGAUUACUUCGAGCCAUUGAAGAAGUUGGGCACCGUUCAAUUGGACAAGGUGAGCUACGGCAUUAGCGAGCGCAAGAACUACGUCCCUAAACGGCGGGUGCAACAACACCGUCAGGCGCAACUCGGGACCAGUGUCGGUCUCGCUGCCGUCGAGUUACAAAGCCAGCGCAGAACGAGCGCGGAAGCCAUGAGCGCAGACGACUCGGCACCGGCGGCUGGAGUUAAGUCUUUCAGUAUCGCCGACAUCCUAAGUCACGAACCUUCGACGGGCAGCAUCGGCAAGCCUACAGCGUCCUCCGACGAGUCCGCGAAAAUAGUAAGACCUUGGACGGAAGAAUAUCAAUCCGUUCCGCAGCCACCCUGCACCUCAUUCGUGCCGCCCCCGCCGCCGGCUCAUCGACAGACUGUCGGUGCCCUGUUUCCACAUUCGCUAUUCAUCCAACAUCUUCAUCAGCACCAUCAACAUCGCCCUAAAUCGGCCGACUACGAAACAUCGACAUGCACGAGCGGACGAUCCAGUACCGACGGAAGCGAAUGUUGUACAAGCCCUGAAAUUGCGAGUUGCACUCAAGGAAAUGCAUCGAAUAGGACAAGGAAACAACAGGCGGCCGGCAAGAACAAUGACAACUCUUCGCCCCUGGACGCCCUCUUCCAAAUGACCAGCAAAACUUUUGACCAGUUACACGGAGAUGCAUCCGGAGCCGAUACAAGUUCGAGUCAUUUAAAUCUCUUCAACUCGAGAUCACAACCUAAAAAGAAACGCAAAUCACGCACUGCUUUCACCAACCAUCAGAUUUUCGAACUAGAAAAACGGUUCUUAUAUCAAAAGUAUCUGUCUCCGGCAGAUCGCGAUGAAAUCGCUUCAAGCUUAGGUCUGACCAACGCGCAGGUAAUCACUUGGUUCCAAAAUCGACGGGCCAAAAUGAAACGAGAUUACGAAGAACAAAAAAAAGAUAGGGAAACUUUAGCCGCGUUGAGCGAACACAAGUUGUUUUUGGAGACGGCACAAAACAUGGGAAUACUAAAAAAGAAACCACAGCCAUCAUCACCUGAUUCGCCUGAAAAAAAAUCAUUCGAUGAAUAAUUUGAC